ACGAAAAACAAUGCAAACCUCAGAGUGGCAUCAGCGGCUGCUCGGGUUGCAGUAGUAAUGGGUAACUUAAACUGUGCUGUUCCUCUACGCUUUCUACCAGUCCUUUUAUUAUUGUUAUCCUGUAUAUUUGGGCUGUCACUCGGUACGGAACUGAGUUAUGUGACAUGCGGAUCAGUCAUUAAACUGUUAAAUGUAAAGCACAAUGUGAGACUACACUCGCACGACGUACGCUACGGAUCCGGUAGCGGGCAGCAGUCUGUAACAGGGGUGACUGCAGUGGAAGACAGUAACAGCUAUUGGAGUGUUCGAGGGACACGUGACGCCUUGUGCCAUCGGGGUACCCCGGUCAAGUGCGGACAGACGAUCCGCCUCACCCAUGUCAACACAGGCCGUAACCUGCACAGCCACUACUUCGCCUCCCCACUGUCCUCUAACCAGGAGGUGAGUGCAUUUGGCGACGAAGGGGAAGGGGACUACCUGGACGAGUGGACAGUUCAGUGUGGGGGAUCUGUAUGGAAGCGCGAGGAGGCCGUCCGCUUUCGUCACAAGUCCACUGACGCACUACUGUCAGUGACAGGGGAGCAGUAUGGACGGCCAAUCCAUGGUCAGAGGGAGGUUCAUGCCAUGUCGAGCCCCAGCCAGCACAGUCUGUGGAAGGCCAUGGAGGGCAUCUUUAUGAAGCCCAGCGAGAGCCCGGCAGGCAGCCGAGACUACAGUCACCCACACACAGAGUUCUGAACUUGACUUUUCUUCUCUGCUUCUGUCACUUCCAGUUUUCCCCUCUGUCUACCACCAUAUUCCUACCUUUGUCCCUAAUUACAUCUGUACCAGCAGCCACUUCCCACUCCCCUCUUGUCUCUUUUUUUCUCUCUCAUUAACUUUUGACUUUCAUUUUUUGAGGAGACUCUGCCAAAGUCUGUCAUCAAUCAGGGUACAAUGACUUUAUCUUAUCAAUCUUUACCAAUCUCUCUCACAUUCAUUGUGUUUUAGGAAACACUACUUCAACAGCUACACUCAGACAGCUAACAAUAUUUGAAUAGCGUUAUAGUUUAUAGCCUUAACAGGUACAAGAAAGAAUUAAAAAUGCUGUUUUACAGUAUAAAGACUAAUCUUUUGUGACACUUUACAUCCAAGAAGAGGUGUUCCUCUCAGCUGUUAUUUAUUGUUCAAUAACUGCCAUCAGCAGUCACGCUACAACACAGAAGGAAGUGCAGGUUUUGCCGAUGAGUACAGUUAAGUCAUCAAGUGAGUCUUGUGUUUUGUUGGACUAAAAAACAUUAUUACACUUGUGCCUUUAUCCUUUUUUUAAGAAGUAGUAGGUGUUUACAUUGUGGAGCCUUUUAAACUUUUGGAAACAGGAAUUUUAUUGUGUAUUCUACUCAAACAAUGGACAAGCAGUGUUACUAUGGUAAAUUACCCCCCCACCCACCCCCCCUCCCCAGCUAGAUUCAGUGUUGCAUAUAAAUUAUCCCACAGUAAGUGACUCAGUCAUUGAACUGGAUGCUGUUUAUUGUCAUUGUUUCCAAGUGCUGGGAGAAAGUACAGUGUUUUGCAUUCAUGUUGUCUGUGCAUGCAUAUGUGUUAGAUCAAUUCUUUGUUCCAGAGGUUCAUAUGAGCAACAAACAUGUAACGAAUACCUCAUAUUAAAUGGGUUUUUUAUGCAUACUA